AUGAACCGAAAGAUUUCUUUGAAAGCAAGUUGGGGAGCAGCUUUCUUGGCCUCGCUAAGUUCAUUCGUCUUGUACGCUGAUGCUUUCUCCUUGGUGAAUCCGGGAAUCUCUCUCACUGCUAGAAGAGACUUCACUAAGAAGUCCUGUCGUCCCUUUCAUCGCUACCGGAAUCUAAACUGUCUGCGGCGUCCAUGCAGCAUAGCACUUUCGUCAUGUGCAGUCAGCGAUGAGGUGGAUUCGAAAGAAGUGUACUUCCCAAAGACAGCGAACACGAUCUAUGCUCUUUCAACGCCAGUCGGAGUAGGAGGCAUCGCCGUCAUCAGAAUCUCGGGUGAAGACGCUCUCCCUGCAUUACAGGAGAUGAGCAAACCUGGUAAUAAGAAGAGCCGGGAGCUGUUGGACAAGUCACUGAUCUUGUUCUUUCCGGGUCCAAACAGCUUCACUGGAGAAGAUGUGGUGGAGCUGCACGUGCAUGGAGGAGUCGCGAUCGUCAACUCAGUCUUGGACGCGUUGAGCAAGAUUGAAGGACUUCGAUUAGCUCAGAGAGGAGAAUACACAAGACGUGCUUUAAUGAACGGGCGGAUGGAUCUCUUGGAGGCUGAAGCAUUGAGUGACUUGAUCAACGCAGAGACGAAAGGGCAGCAGAAGCAAGCCUUGGAACAGCCCCGGCAGGACGUCGGGAGGAUUUACGACGAGGUAAACACGCACCUUGCGGAUGGACGACGAGGAGAGGCAAUCCGCACGGGCUUGAGGUGUACUCUUGUGGGCCCUCCCAACGCCGGCAAGAGCUCGCUGCUCAACGUCCUCGCUGCUCGCCCUGCUGCCAUCGUUUCCUCCAUCCCGGGAACCACAAGGGAUAUUGUCCAGGUUCGACUGGAGCUCGGAGGUCUACCAGUCAUGGUCGAUGACACAGCAGGCCUUCGAGUCGAUUCCAGCGACGAGAUCGAGCGGGAGGGCAUGAGAAGGUCUGCGAUGAGCUUCAAGCAAGCUGACAUCCGCAUCCUCGUUCUCGAUGGGGGAGAAUCCACAACUUUGAUCCACAAGAGUGCAGGAAACCAGAUGAUGGCAGAGGACAGCGUGUCGCUGCUUCAGCUCUUGAACGAGAUGUACAAGGAGUUCAAGACGGAGCUGGAGGGAGACUCGAAAUUUGAUGUGGGCAAGACAACAGUUGGGAACUGGGGAUGGUCGAGGAAGGCGAAAGAAUUGAUUGAGGAGGAGGAGGAGGAGGAAGGAGUCGGGGAGGGGAAGCUGCUGGUUGUCCUGAACAAGGUGGACCUGAUCAAGAAGGCAGAGAGGAAGGAUGGAUGGAGGCAGGAGCUCACUGAGGAGAUCAUGUCUCGCCUCCACAAGCUGACAGGCAGCGAGAUCGAAGUUCACUGGAUCUCCUGCACGACGCGCGAAGGGAUCGACGAAUUUAUCGAUGCUCUCAACUCCAAGGUAGAGGAGACGACCAUGUCGGAGGACGAGGCUCCGCUGAUCACCCGAGCGAGACAUCGUGAACUGCUCUCCUCCUGCGCUGAGACUCUAGAGCGAUUCCUCGAGACCCAGGUUCCUGUCGGAUUCGCAGUGGAAGACUUGACGGAGGCGCUGGAUCUAAUCGGGCAAAUUACCGGAGAGGUGAAUGUUGAAGAGGUGCUUGAUGUCGUCUUUAGAGACUUUUGCAUCGGGAAAUGA